UGGCGAAUUAAUAUCUCAAUAGCAGUGUAAAAUUCGAACAGUUCCAGAACUCAACGCAUUGGAAUACCACUUGUCCAGACAUAUUGAUUUUAUUCUUCAAGAUGAACUCAAUGCGAUUAUUAAUACUUCUGACGUUCGUUUUGUAUGAAACACAGGGUGCGCCAAGCAUAAAACCAUUAACAUUUUUAAAGUCCUUAAUAUCAAAACAUUUUCAUCCAACUACUGAACAGCCGAUUUUGGAAGAUGAAGUACCCGAGUAUAAAUGUGAACCUGUUGAAGAAGGGGCUCUUAAUGAUGCGGUUAUAGAGUGGAAUCGCCAAGUGUUUUUAGUAAACGAAAAACCUAUUUUAAUAGAAGUUGGAAACGUUGAACCAAUUCAAAAUGUAAACCACGAUGAAGAAAUUGCUGUAAAUCCAGAAAUAAAUCCCGAAGUAAACUGUGAUGGAAAUGAUGAAGUAAAUCUUGAAAUAAUUCCCAAAGAAAAUCUUGGACAAAAUCCUGAAGUAGAAAAUGUGUAUGAAAAAGAUGUAAACACACAAUGGUUAUUAGGCGAGAAUACAAGUGAAAGAUUACCAGAAAUUGAUGUAACUGUUGGUAAAAAUUCAAUCAAAGAUAAAAUUAUUAAUAAAAUCAACAUUAUCAAAUCGAAAUUGAAAUUUAAGAAUCGUCCAGUCAUACCAAUCGUAGAAUCGGUUGAAGAAAACAAUCCUAAUGAAGAAAUUUCUAGCGUAAAAUCAAUUACCACAUUGGAACCUAUCAAUACUAAAACACCCGUCACUACUGUGCAAUACAUCACCACUGUACAACCCGUUACCACUACACAUCAAUAUACCACAACUGUGCAACCAAGCACUUCCGCACAACCCAUCACUCAAGUGCAAUACACUAGUACUGUGAAACCCGAUAGUUAUACGCCCGACGUACAAGUAAACGGUGGAAUCGAAUCUCAAGAACCAAUCAUUACUAUUCCCGCUCAGUAUCAAGUACCUUUGCAACCACAACAAAUCUACAACUCGGACUCACGUUAUUCACUAUGGCUUAAUAACUGUCCACCACCUAUGUCCCAUAAAAUUUGUUUUGGUCAAAAUCCUUAUUACGCACCUAGCCCAAUAUUCGCCAACACGAUGAACGCAAAUCAAUUCACCCUCGAUAGCUUACCUUAUAACGUGCCCGAAUACCAGAGCCAAAAAAUUAACAACGGAUUGACCAAAGUGAUUAACUACAUCAAAAUCGAUGCAACCCAGCCGGUGAAUCAGAUCAAACCUAAUCAAGACGAACAACAGUGGAUUCGAUAUGCGUACGACAAUUCGAAACCCAUUUAUCAAAAUCCAAUACCUUCUUAUUAUGUCUCUCAGGCGGUCAACCCGGAAUCACAGCCAGAGAUUGUAUUCCCUAGCUCCGAUGGGGCAUACUCUACAUCAACUAUGCAACCGAUCAUCGUGUACUCUGCCGUCGACGAAAGUAUACUACCAGUUGGUCAAGUAGAUCAAACACAGACAACAUACAAUUGGGAACCGCUCUUAGAACCAGCAACAGUUAACUCUAAUGUCGAAGGCACCAAAUACCCGUUGCGCGGAGAUAUUCCGAUCGGUGAAGAUUUGAACACCAAUAUCAAUUACGAUCAAUCAGAAGGAGACAGUUCUAAAUACACCCUGAAAGAACGCAGACACAUAGGUCACUACAACGAGUCCAAAAAAAACAAUCAGAAAGUACCGAUUCCAGCAUCAGAAAUUUCUUCGGUUAAACCAGUAUCUGAACGAGCCGAAACCGAAACUCAAACUAAAAACAUUGAAAUUCCCGCAGUCACUGAAACUAAAAUACCGACCACCAAAAUCGUCGAAACGCCUGUCACCAAAAUUGGAACACCUGCAAACACUAUAAACGAAAUACCGUAUCCUAAAUCCAACAACGUCAACAUAGGCGUUUAAUAUAAUAUUCAUGGAUGCCAAAAUUAAAGUGAUUUGAUCAUUAAUUUUACUAUAUUAUGUAAAUUAUCUUAUUUAUUCUGAUACAAUAAUUAUUUUAAAAAAUUAUAUACAUUUAUAUUUAUCAAACUAUUUUACAACUAAACGUUUUCAAGUUCAAAGUAGGCUAAAUAUAUUGUUAUUUGAACAAAUCAGACUGAUUUACAAUUAUGAUGUUUUUUUUAUGUAUAAUUAUAUUAUAUAGUAAACACAAUCUCCAGUUUAAAUAGGCGCCAGAUUGAAAUGCCUCUGGAACACACAAUAGAAACGCAUAAUAAGCCAAUUUUUAUGAACAAUAGUUAUCGUACAAGAAAAACCUCUAAAAAUUCGUUACAGUCUGGCUGAUUGUAUAUAGGCCACUUUAAUUAUUAAAUUAUACAAAUAUGUUCUUGUUGCGUUUUAAAAAUAAAAAAAUUGUUUGAUCAAUAUAAUA